CAGCAUCGAGAAGGAGCUCAAUCAGACUGUUCAGGGCACAGGUCUGGCCUUUAUUGCCUUCACAGAGGCCAUGACACACUUCCCGGCCUCUCCGUUUUGGUCCGUCAUGUUUUUCCUGAUGCUGGUGAACCUGGGGCUCGGAAGCAUGUUCGGAACCAUUGAGGGAAUUCUCACUCCGCUCAUCGACACCUUCAAAGUCCGGAAGGAGCUGCUCACAGUGGGUUGCUGUGUCCUAGCCUUUUCCAUCGGACUUAUGUUUGUUCAGAGAUCAGGGAACUACUUUGUGGCCAUGUUUGACGACUACUCUGCCACUCUGCCCCUGCUCAUCGUGGUGAUCCUGGAGAAUGUAGCUGUGGCUUGGGUCUAUGGCAUCGACAAGUUUUUUGAAGACCUUCGGGACAUGUUGGGAUUCUCUCCGUUUAGGUUCUACUAUUACAUGUGGAAGUUCAUCACUCCGAUCCUGCUCCUGCUUCUGCUUGGAUCCAGCUUCAUCCAAUUGGUCAUGACUCCUCCCAGCUACAGUGCCUGGAACCAGGAGCAGGCGGCGGAACAGAAGUUGGGUUUUCCCGUGUGGGGCAUCAUAGUGUGCAUCUCUCUGGUCGUCAUGGCGAUCCUUCCCGUUCCUGUGGUGUUCGGACUCCGCUUCUGUAACAUCAUCGACGACAGUCCUGGCGGGUUGUCAUCCGUAUCCUACAAAAAAGGACGGAUGAUCGCGGAGACACCACAGACCGAAGACGCGGAUGACGCUAGCCUCAUCCAUGGCAAAAGUCCCAGCCAGGAGCCGUCCCCCAUGCCCGGAAUCUACCGCAAACACGCCGCUAACGCUAACAAUGCUAACGGAACAGCAGCGCCCCCGGUGGUCGACACAGCUCCCAACGGACGCUACGGCAUCGGUUACCUGAUGGCGGAGAUGCCCGACAUGCCCGAGUCAGACUUGUAGACGUAAAAACGAAAAUAAAUUUAAAAAAAGGCAAAAUUGUGUACAAAUUUCAGCGUUUGUAAAGUGUCUGUAGAUAUCCUGCUUCGUCGACGUGGAACUUAAGGCGUUUUUUAAGUUUAAACUGAGAUAAUGUAAGAAAUGAAAUUAUAAAAUGUCAAAAUGUCUUAAAAACCCAAAAUCACCUCUACAUCUGCGGCUAGCUCCAGUUAGCAAUAAAAAGUUACGGUAGCUUCGGAAAAUGGACCAAUGGACUGUGAGACAUAGUAGUUUUGCUUUAGUCCAUCAAACUGGCACUAAACAUGAUCUGAUUUUUCUUUUACGAGUUUAAUGUCCAAGUCUUAAAGGCAAUGAAGGUGAAAUGGGGGAAACAGGGAUUUGAACCUGCAACUCUCUGGUUAUUAGAUGAUCUCCUGAGCCUCUACCAAAACAUACUUCCAGCUCUAUCUCCAACUAAUGUGAGCACUGAAAAAAGUAGAUCAACUUAUGGAAUGGUCAAAAGAAGCGAGCAAACUUAAAAUAAGUGUACAUUUCAAAUUUGAAAUCAUGAAGCCAAAUGUUUGGCCAAUCAAAAUGUAUUGUUAGUUAAAUGUACUCCAAGAUCUUCCUUCCUUUGUUACAUCAAAAUGACUGAAAAAUGUAUUUAGCAAAGCAAUGCUAGAGUUCAUUUGCUAUACACCACCAGUUAAAAGUUUGGACACACUUCUUAAUUUUUUCUUCUUUAUUUCCAUGAUUAUUUGCACUGUAAAUGCUCACUGAAGGCCUCAGUACUAAGAAUCACACAUAUGUAAUGUAGUAAACAAAACAUAAACAAUAUGAACCUCACAAUACCUCAAAACUUAAAAUGUUUUUAUCCACCCUUUGCUUUGAACCCUGCUUUGCAUUUCUUGACCCUGAUAAGACACAGAAGUGAAAACCAUUUCAGGAGACUUACCCAAGAAGCUCUUUAAGAGAAGGCCAAGGGUUUGCAAUACUGUUGACAAAGCAAAGGGUGGCUGCUUUUUGGAUAUUGAAUAUAAAAUUUAAAAACUAUUUAGUUGAGUUAUUUAACUUUUUUUUUUCUUUGUCCAAACUUUUGACUGGUAGUGUGUAUAUAUUCUUUAGAACCACAUGUUAACUCAAUUGUGAUUUGAUUAUUGCACUAACUUCUUAUAGAAAGAUUGACAAAAUCAAAUUGAAAAUGACAGCAUACAUUUUUGUGUGCACAGAAAGACAAUCUGUUUUGGUGAUACUAAUAUGACACCACAUUGAAACCACAAAAAUAUGCACUUAAAUAGUUUGGCCCCUGGUAAAAUCUAGUAUAAUUUUUGUUUUGAAAUUAAAAUUUUAAAAGUUUUGAAAAUGAAAGUUAAAUCAUGUUGAUAACCAAUUGGUGUAGAAGAUUCUAUUCAAGCAUAGCGCCCCCGGCAUUUCAAUAAUAGGACACAUUUGGUCAUGUUGUAGAGUUCUAGUUGUACACCAAGAAACCUGUAACAUUAACAUUGCUAUUUAAAAUGUUCUGUUUUUUUUUUAGUUGUAAUUUGAAAUUUCCAAUUGUGUACCAAAGUUUGUCCGAAAACAUUUCUUAUGAGAAUAAUUUACGAUAAAUUGUAAAGUUUAAAGGUCUAGAGGUGACUUUGGGUGGUACUGAGUUCAAGUCCUGCUGAAAAUGGUAUUUUUGUAGCGGCUCCUCUGAUUGGCUGUUACCGUUUGGCUCCUCUGAUUGGCUGUUACGGUUCGGCUCCUGUGAUUGGCCGUGGCGGUACGGCUCCUCUGAUUACAGUUCAUUCUUCUGGUCACAGUGUUGGGAAGUAAAAACCAUGUACCAAAAAUACAUAUUCAGAAUACUUCCACUUUCAUUUAGGUGUUAUUCAAAACACAAUUACUUUCCUAAAAUCAGUUAUUUGAUGCAAGUUAAAUAUACACUAUGUAACUUUUCUAAUGGAGGUUCAGCCAUCUGCUUGUUACCAUGGAGAUGUUAAUGCUUUGCCUGGAAUGUUCUAAAGUUUGUUAUUUAUCUAGCAUGUAUGCAAUUACAAAAUGUUACAUAGUGUAUCUUUAAGCUUCAGAUGGCACAGUAUUAGUGAGGAAAAAAAAGAGACAAACAGCUGUACAUUACAUCUGAAGGAGCGGUGCAAGAAUCACAAAUGUUCAAAUCAUUUCUUAUUGUCACAUAAAGCUUUUCUUACUUUAGUCUUCCUCACAGUGGGAAGAGCAACCACAACUUUUACUCAAAUGUACUCAAGAGUACUGUUACACUGUACAAUAUAUAACUCAAGUUAGAGUACUAUUACACUGUACAAUAUAUUACUCGAGUAAGAGUAAAAGUAUGCAGCGUUCUUAAAAAAUGUUACUGUUGUAAAUGUUACUAAGUACUAUCAACCUUUGUUUUAAACCCAGGUUGCAUUUUUUUACUCUGUAUUCUGAUUGGACAUUGUACAUUUUAAAGCUGGUAUUGAGUAUUCUGUAAUGAAAUACAUUUUGGAGGUAUUCUUCCCAACACUGAUCUGGCCUCAGUGAAGCAGUAUAAACAAGUCUCCUGGACGUUUGAUACUUGAAAAUGUGCACUGCUUUUUUCUUAUUUUAAAGAUUCUAAUGAUAAAAAAAAAAAAAAAACACAAAAAAAACAAUAACUCUGAUAUUUCAGUAAACACAAAUCAGCCAUAACAUUAGGAGGACAGACAGCAGCCUAUGGUCAGGCUCUAACCUGGUUUAGUCUUGGUUUAGUCCUUGUUUAAAUCAGGUUUAGUUCUACUAGACUUGUUUUUCUCCUGAGCUAGCUACACAUGUUGUAUUCCUAGUUUUGAGUGAGACCUGGUUUAGUCCGAGAGUAAACUUGGUUUAGACUUGGUUCAGUCCAGGCUGAGUGAAAUCAGGUUGAGUCCUGGUUUAGACCCUGGUGAAACCUGGUUUAGUUCUGCCAAGGUGUGUUCUUAGUUCUGAUUUAGUCCUGGUGUAAUCCUGUACCUGGUUUCGGACUAUGUAUUAGAAAUAUUAUGUCCGAUUUGUGUACUGUUAAAUAUCUCACAGUAUUUCACAUUUUUCCCAAACAGAAAAAGCAAAUCCUGA